AACGACAGCGUUUGGCAUCAUUGCGGUUUCGCAGAUUGCCGGUUGCACAUGUCAUGCCAGAUAAUCUCCCCACACCUGAUCCAUCGCUUAUAAGCUAAGCUAAGAAUUCCACUCCACUUCCGCCACUACAUUUGUGUUGCUAAUUCCUCAAAAUUUCACUUCGCACUCUCCAAUUUAAGGCAAAGUAGGAAGCUUGGAAUUAGCAAAAAGAAAAUUGUAGUGAAUUUAUCACAUUUCAUUUUUAUUACAAGGAAAAGUCGUUUUCAAUCCUUGCUAUUAAAAAAAAAAAAAAGAAACGCUCGCAUUUCACUUUCUCUUCCAGUAGGCAGCUGCUGUUACUCUCUCACUGCUCUCCACUUUCUCUCUUCUCCAGAUCUGAUCUCAAAAUUAUCAGGUUUUCUUAACUUCAUUUCCUAGUAAGUGUAAAGAUGGGUCGUGGAGUUAGCAGUGGUGGUGGGCAGAGCUCAUUGGGCUACCUGUUUGGAAGUGGAGAAGCUCCAAAACCAGGCACAAACAAGCCGCAAGCUGCCCCAACUGAAGCACCAGCUGUCUCCAAAUCUGCUCCUGCUCCUGCUCCUGCUCCUGCCCCUGAACCAGUAGAUAUUACUAAGCAAACCCCUGCUGGUAUUAACAGUACUUCCACAAACAAUUAUCUUCGUGCUGAUGGUCAGAACACUGGAAAUUUCAUUACGGACCGACCUUCUACCAAGGUUCAUGCUGCCCCUGGAGGUGGAUCUUCUCUGGGCUACCUAUUUGGCGGGGCACCUGGGAGCGGUAAAUGAGAUUGUACCUGGGAGUAUUGAUUGUUGAUUUUUGGGGAAGCCGUAGAUUCUGGAUGAUGCUGUUUAAUGAUGUUUUUGUAAAAGCAAUGAAAAACUUGAUGUCUCGUGGUGUAAUAUACAGGUCUCGUGGUUGUUGUUUGGUUUUAUUCAAUCAAAGAGUUCUCCAGGUUAGAUGCAUAAACAUCUACUGCAGAGCUCAGUGACUGUGAAAAAACAAUGUUAUUAUUCAUAAGCAUAGUUCUGCUAUUCUUACCCUUUU